GGACUUGGCUUUACAAUCGGCGAGAAAAGGGACGCUUGUAUUGAGGCCGAGAUAUUUUCUCUCGUUUCUCGUCUCUUAGAGACACGAAGAGAUUGCAGGCACCAUGUCUAUGUCUGGUGCUGAAUACUUGGCCUCCAUCUAUGGCACAGAGAAGGAUAAGGUCAACUGUUCAUUUUACAUCAAGACUGGAGCUUGCCGUCACAGUGAAAGAUGUUCCAGAAAACACAACAAACCGCAGUACAGCCAAACAGUGGUGAUGCAGAACAUGUAUGUGAGCCAGCAGAACUCGGCCAAGUCAGCUGAUGGAUCUCACUUGGCCAACAUGAGUGACCAUGAGAUCCAGGAACAGUUUGAGUAUUUCUUUGAGGACGUGUUCUUCGAAUGUGAGGACAAGUAUGGAGAGAUUGAGGAGAUGUGCGUGUGCGAUAAUCAGUGUGACCACCUGAGAGGCAAUGUGUACAUCAAGUUCCGGCGGGAGGAAGAUGCAGUUAAGGCAGCAGAGGACCUCAACAACCGCUGGUACAUGUUCCGACCUAUCUACUGUGACCUGUGUCCUGUGGCUGAUUUCCGUGAAGCCUGCUGCCGCCAGUUUGAAAUGGGCCAGUGUGGUAAGGGUGGAUUCUGCAACUUCUGGCAUGUCAAGCCCAUUUCACACCACCUCAAGAACUUAUUGGCACGUUCCUCCAGGUCCCGUUACAGGUACCGGUCCAGGUCACGCUCCAGGUCUCGUGACAGGCAUGACAAGCACGGCCCUGAGAAACACAGGAGGAGGUCUCGCUCACGCUCUCGUGACCGUGACCGUCGAGACCGCAGAGGCAGAUACUGAGGGGCCUCCAGUGAUGUCUUUUAAUAUUCAUGCUGUUGUUUGCCUCUUGGUCCCCCCCCCCCCCCAUUUCUUUUCUUUUCUUUCCCUCUCUUUUUCCAAGUACUAUCUAUAGUAUUGGAAUUUAAGGUAGUUUUUUAUUAUUAUUAUUAUUUUCUGUUUUGAAACUUGUAUUUCUUAGGGGGCAAGAAAUUAAAGUAAACCUUCAGUAAUUUUAGAAUGCCAGUUUCAUUUCAUCGUUGAUUGUGUUAAAAUGGAGAAUGUUACAUAAUCAUGAUAGUAUCAGUCAUUGGACGCGAGGCUACACGUCCCGUCAGUCUGAGACACUUGUUUUAUAAAGAACUUUUUUUCACGUGUAGAACCUAAAAGUAUAAAAUGAAGACUUUUUGUAUUAUAAGUUUAGAAGGUAGGAUUGUGUAGAGUAUAAAGUGAUGUUGAACUACAGAACAAUAGUACAAUGGAUCCUGAAUUUCCAGUGUGGAUUUUAUCGUGGAUUUUUUUUUUAUUAUUAUUGCUAGGCUCAUCUUUUUAAUAUUACCAUCAACAAAUAUAUUUGUAACAAUGUUAGAAUCAUCAUAAUUUCACUCAAAAAAAAGUGAAAAUUAUAUAGCUGACAUGGGGAAACUUUUGUUUCUAAUGUUUGACCAACAAUGUUUUAUCAGGAAUUGACAUUGUUGUUAUUAUUAUUAUUAUUAUUAUUAUUAUUAUUAUUAUUAUUAUUACUUUUUUUUUACUUUUGAAUAUUACCACUGCUACUAAUAAAGAGGAUAAACAUAGGAGUCAAAGAUGCCUAGCUGCCCUUAGGGAAUCCUACUUUGUUUGGGAAAAUGCAAAACAAUGGUAUGUUUGGUUACCAUUAAAUUGCCAAUACAUAUUCCUCCAUUCUUAUACCUAGAAUGUGCAAAGGUUGCAAUGCACAGAAUAGCCUUAGCAUACAGUGCUUUGUGUGACUGGCUGUCUUAAAGGUGAUAUCUAGAGUCUGCUAGAAUAAUAUGUUGAAAAUAUUAACUCAGAUUUUUUUUUUUUUUUUUUUUUUUUUUUUUUUUUUUUUUUUUAUGAAGAAAAGAGGUAAAUAUAAAGUUCAGCCAAUGCAAAAAAUAUAUACAUAUUUAUAUCUUCUAACCAGGAAGAGAAUACAUAGUGAAAACCAUAAUUCUAAUUUUUGUACAUGUAAGUUAAUGCCAAGUCUUGGAAUUGUACACAUGGAUCAUGUGCUCUGUAUUGGGACAAUCUGCAAACCACUAAUUGUAAACAAAGUAGAAAAGCUGCCCGGGAAGUGGUUUUGAGAAUUGGGCCAACCCAGGAGGAUGGCCAUGUUUAUUUAGCAAGGUGUACUUUUCUUUGCUGAUAAGGAAAAGAUUCAGAUGAUCAAUAUUUUUUACUUAAUUUACUUUUUUUUUGUAUACAAGUCUUUAUUGAAUGUGUGACAAAGGGCUGUAGAAUGUGUUUUUGUGAGUUGUUUUUUCUUUUUGCCUAACAUUUUCCAAAUAAAAUAUUUUAAAUCCUAAAAUACAGCUGCCACGAAUC